CGUUAGUUAGGCAGGUAACCCCUCCUUUCCUCGUCCGGAUGUGGCCCGCCUCUGGUGUCGGGGAGGGACGAUGAAGCUUCGGGAGGAAGGGGAGGGUGGUGGGAGUAGCGGCGGCGGCGGCGGCAGAGGAGGGAAGAGCGGCAGCAGUGGGGCCGGGAAUGAGAGAAUAAAGGGGCCGUGGUCGCCGGAAGAAGAUGCCGUCCUCAGCCGCCUCGUCGACAAGUUCGGGGCGAGGAACUGGAGCCUUAUCGCCAGGGGGAUCCCUGGUAGGUCGGGGAAGUCGUGCCGCCUUCGAUGGUGCAACCAGCUGGACCCUGCCGUUAAGCGCAAGCCAUUCACAGCUGAAGAAGAUCAAAUCAUUGUUACUGCUCAUGCAAUCCAUGGUAAUAAAUGGGCAUCCAUUGCGAGGCUGCUGCAAGGACGGACUGACAAUGCAAUAAAAAAUCAUUGGAAUUCCACUUUGAGGCGUAGGUACCUUACGUCUGACAAGUCAAGAUCAUUUCUUGAUGCUUUCCGAGAUGCAGAAAGAGAAAAAGCCAAGGCAUCUGAAGAAGAUCUUCAAACUGGGGCUAUGGAAUCUCUCAAGGCAGAAGAUGAGGAUGCCAGUAACCCUUCAAUGGACAUACCUGAUCAACCUAAGGAUCUGGCUAAAUCUAAGGACGAGAUGAAAAAGAAACCAAGCAACCUUUUCCGACCAGUUGCAAGAGUGAGUGCAUUCAAUUUAUUUAAUCCUAUAGAUGGUGCUGCUGAUGGCUCUCCAUUGUUUAGGACAACUUCAUUGCCCAUCCAAGACUGCAAACCUGAAUCAGGAGUCUACAAAUGGCUGACCAGUGCUUCUGGUGGAGCUCAAGUGCCUUCAAAAUGUGGACAUGGUUGCUGUGAUCUGGAAGGGAGUGUCCGUCAUAAAAACUCUAUAUUAGGACCUGAAUUUCAUGAAUUUGUGGAGAUGCCACCACUAAUAGGACAUGAAUUGUCCUCAAUAGCAGCAGAGCUAUGUAAGUUGGCAUGGACGAAAAGCCAGGGUGACAGAAGCAAAAUGCAUGCUUCAGCUGAUGAUCUAAAUGAGUUGUUUUGCCAAGAAACACAACAAGAUCAGAAGACCAGCAAUGAAUUGUGUGUAGGCACCAAAGAGUUGGUAUCUGAAAAAUGCAAGUUUGAUGGAAACCAGACACCAUUAUAGAAAUUUAUUGAUGUCCUUCAACCUCUUCCGUUGUACUUCUUGAACUAAAUGUGCACUAUCCUGCUGAGAGGAGUGAUCUUAUAACAUAGAUGGAAGAUGUCUUUCCGUCUUCCAGAUGUGAGAAUAGAGGGGUUUCCAAAUCCCAUAUGAUGUAGAUUUUGGCAUUUCUGCCAAUUUUGUUGCCUACUAAAUUUCAUUAGAUUUUCAGGCUAGAAAUGAAAUUUGAAAUUGCUUAGUCGGUAAUUAGUAAUGGUGAUCUUCAAGUUCCCUUAUUUAAGAAGGGCUAUGUAAUAUAUCACUUCUUCCUUGUCUUCUAUUAUAAUGGUUCUAUCUUUUUGUAAA